AUGGCUGACCACAACACCCAGAGACCCGCCUGCGGUACUCAGCGCGAGGAUUCUUCCUUGAUAUCGCUUGCUGAUCGUGAUCUUGUGAUUCGUCUACUCCAAAGCCCAAACCUUUCACCUGAGUCAACCAACACAGAGACCUCCCCGAGUCAGGUUUGCCGUGACCUGUCUUUCCGGCGGAGUGCAGCUAGGGCUGGUCCCUCUCAGGCAACAGCCUCGCAACAGUUCUUGCAAACCCUCUCCGGUAGCUCAUCGCGUGUCCACCUCCCAAGGAUCGGACCGCGGGAUUACGGGCCCUUUCAAAGCUUUUCCUCACUUCAAGGCGCAGCUUCGGCUGUCGAAGAGGAGCGCAUCUCAUCUAACAACCUCAUCGAGUCAGACGAACUUUUUUCCGAGCUGUUCGAAAACCUUCAAGGAUCAUUCCUAAAUCUUGAUUCGGAUCCCAGCGAUAGAGACGCUGCGCCUCCGAGCCCUUCAAUCUACAGCACUGAUCCAGGUGAGACCCCAAGUACCCUUUUCCACUCUUCCCUCUCGCAGGCCCAGGAAGAUCCAGCUCCAUCUUCAGACGUCAGGUUUCCCGGUCGCACUCCCAGUCAGUCUUUCAGACAGGUGGUUGGGAACUUCGACCCGGAUGGUGGUCUCAACAGAAGCGAAGACCAACAGAGUCAGCCUGACAAUCAUCCGGAUACCUCGACCAUCUAUCGAAACAUUGUCCAGGCUAAUUUGGCAAGUGACCAGGGAAGGAACCUGGCCGAAGUCCCUCAGUCACCGCCUGUCGUGCACCGUUAUAAACGUCACUUUUCUGACUCGUUUGUCUCGUUGGGGCGCUUCUCAAAGGGCCGACGAAUUCAAAGAAGAGUUACUGGAAACUUCAAGACACGUCUCGCAGGCAUAUUCAAGAAACUAGGGCCCGGUGGUGAAAAUCAAGAGAACUCCCGCCAAACGGGCCGAUCCAGCAAGAUGGAUACACGCGGGUCACGUUUCCUGGAUCCAUCUUCUGCCAUGGCAGCGAUCACUAGACACAAGGCUGAGGCAAUCAAAUUAGCUCGAGAGCAAGGGCAUGCCGUCAAAGAAAUGUGUCGCCGUGCGAAGUCGGACAUCCCACCUUAUGAAUUCGAAGAAUUGAUCGGAAAGGGUGCUUAUGGCCGUGUGUACAAGGGUCGUGAGAUGACUUCCGGUCGUCUCGUGGCAAUCAAGGUUCUUGACAUUGAUUCAUUAGAUUACAAGUCACUGCGGGACUUUCGAGAUGAGUCUAUAAAGGACUUUAUCCACGAAACAAAGGUAAUGAAGCAAGUCAAGGAUUCUGGCGCCAAGAACAUCAAUGAACUCAUUGAAGCGAUUUCCAUCCAUUCUCAACUGUGGCUAGUCUGCGAAUAUUGCCCCGGUGGCAGUGUACGAACUUUGAUGCGAGCAACUGGUGACAAGCUUGAAGAGAAAUACAUUAUUCCCAUUGCACGAGAACUUGCAGUCGGACUGCAUGCUAUCCAUGAAGCUGGAAUUAUCCAUCGUGAUGUCAAAGCUGCGAACAUUCUCAUUCAUGAGGAGGGGAGAUUGGAAAUCUGUGACUUUGGUGUAGCAGGAGUUUUGCAAUCACGCCGAGACAAACGUUCCACGUGGAUUGGUACGCCACAUUGGAUGCCCCCGGAGAUGUUCUCAAUGAAAGGACCUGCUCACCACUACGGAAGCGAGAUCGACGUGUGGGCAUAUGGCUGCACCCUUUUUGAAUUCGCGACCGGAAACCCUCCUAACUCCGGACUCCGGGAACGCAUGCAAAUUGGACGCCAGCUGAAUCGGAAUGCCCCCAAGCUGGACAGUGACCAGUACAGCCAAGGCCUUAAAGACCUUAUUGCAUUCGCCCUCGAUGCCAAUCCCGCAACUAGACCGACAAUGGCUGAUAUUCUAGCACACCCCUACAUCGCCGAUACCGAAGAGGAAUAUCCUACAUUAGAUGUUGGUGAGCUUGUUAGGAAUUACUACCAGUGGUCUCAACGGGGCGGACAGCGGAUUUCUUUGUUUCACCCAGGAGGUGCCGCAGCGGCAGAGCUUCCAUUUACCGAGGAAUCUGAUGAUGAUUGGAACUUCAGUACAACGGAUGGAUUUGAACGACGAUUCUCGGUCAUCGAUCUCGACCAAAUUGCCGCUUCCCUAGCUCAAAUGGAAGAGGCAAUCAGCCCGACUCCCACGCCAGAGCAUGAUUUGAGUGAAGAUGCAUCUGAAGCUGAUAUGGACCCUGAGCAAAAGGCCAAUUUCGAUGAACGUGUGCGCCGUGGUGCAGCGGCGAUGGAGGGACUUUUCGAUGAAGAAAAGCCGAGCUAUAAGUACGAGACCAAAAACGACUUCGUCCCGAUUCAGCCCAGCCCACCAACCUCCGACCUCCCACUCCGCACUGACACUGAUCGAUCAUCGGUUACAUCUACUUUCAUUGAUAUCGACAUCGGCUCUUUUGACUCUUCUCAUUAUGCUGCUGGUGCACCGUCCGCCCAGCCCUUUCAGCUUGCUGAUGCCGACACGAUUCGUGCAAACCGAUCCAGCAUACGCAUUCCACGCCCCAAUGAAAUAAGUUCUCAAUCUUCUGAGAGUGAUACCAAUGGGAAUGAAUCACAGAAUGAGGACUUCCAGCCACCAUCAGGGCCGCGACCUCCCACUAUGGAUUGGAAGUUUCCCACUUUUAUGCAGCCACUUGAGGGCGAGCCCGAAACGGCAAAAGAGGCGCCAGCACCCGAGUCUAUCCAGGAUGAAUCUUUCCAGGAUGAAAAACGUGCCACGAUGGAAUGGACUUUCCCUGUCAUGUCAUCGCAGUCUGGGGCUAGUGAAAAAGCAAGCUUUGAUCGCCAUGAUACUCUCAAGGCACCUUUGCCUAGUCUAGAACGUCGGCCAACAAAAGAGCCUACGCCCUCGCGGCCAUCAACCUCAGCCUCGAACAGCUCUACGAUGUCCGAUUCUGAUUACGACCCUUUUCGCUUCGAUCGACCAACAACACCCCAGGCUUUAUCGCAGGACAAGUCCUUUGAUGCAAAAAUGCCGACACUGAUGGACAGUACGUCGGAUGUGGAAUACGACUCCGCGGGUGUUCUUGAUGGGCCUGGGCCGGACGAGGGACCAGGACCAGAUGAAGGACCUGGACCAGAUGAAGGGUCUGGACCAGAUGAAGGGUCUGGACCAGAUGAAGGGCCUGGACCAGAUGAGGGACCUGGGCCAGACGAAGAAGAUCCCAAGCCAGAGGAGUCAGAUGUGAAUUCCCCAGAUGAUGUAUCGCCGCUUCCUACUGCUAUCCCAGUGCAUGAUAGCCCUAGUGACACCCCAACCGAAGUAUCAGAGCCAGGCUCUCCUGUCUUCGAGACUCUGCACACCGCUCGUCGCGAUGAUCUUUCCUCAACAGCCACCACAUUCGCAGACGCCGAUUCCAGCAUUCCUUUUCCUGCUCUUGUUCCACCCAACUCAGAGAGCCUCAUGGAAGGCGCCAACGACAGUGUGGUGACAGCGGAGCUGGAUCGUUUACUAGGUGAUUUCCUGGGGGCGCUUUCGGCGACUGGUGAGGCCCUCUCGAGGGCCAACACUAAGCCGAGAGCAAAUGACCCCAGCCAUCCUGCUGAAGCGGUUUAG